AUGUUAGGUACAAGGACAAUGUUUUGUGUUCGACAAAUGACACCUACUUAUCGACAUCUUAUGCAGCAACCAACCACUGAUAUGUCUCUAAUUAAUGCAUAUGUUCGUCGAUGCCUUGCUCAAGUUGUUGUUGAAAAAAAGACAUUUAAACGAGAUAAACCACAUAUUAAUAUAGGUACAAUUGGUCAUGUUGAUCAUGGUAAAACAACUCUCACCGCUGCUAUUACUCGAAUUUUGAGUGAAAAAAAAUUAGCUAAAGUAAAAAAAUACGAAGAUAUUGAUAAUGCACCUGAAGAAAAAAAACGUGGUAUUACAAUCAAUGCUGCACAUAUUGAAUAUUCAACAGCAAAUCGACAUUAUGGUCAUGUUGAUUGUCCUGGUCACGCCGAUUAUAUCAAAAAUAUGAUUACAGGUUCAUCACAAAUGGAUGGUGCAAUACUUGUUGUUGCUGCAACUGAUGGUGUUAUGCCGCAAACACGUGAACAUUUACUUCUUGCCAAACAAAUUGGUAUUGAAAAAAUCGUCGUUUUUAUGAACAAAGCAGAUGCAGCUGAUAAAGAGAUGCUUGAAUUAGUUGAACUUGAAUUACGUGAAUUAUUAACUCAAAUUGGUUUUGAUGGUGAAAAUACUCCCAUUAUACCUGGUUCGGCAUUAUAUGCACUUGAAGAUCGAGAACCCAAAUUAGGUAAAGAAACAGUAUUAAAAUUACUCGAAGCUGUUGAUACAUAUAUUCCUGUACCACCACGAGCAGCUGAUCAACCAUUUUUAUUACCAGUUGAACAUGUUUAUACAAUCCCAAAUAAAGGUACAAUUGUAACUGGCCGUGUUGAACGUGGUUCAGCAAAGAAAGGUGAUCCAAUUGAAGUUGUUGGACAUAAUAAACUUGGCAAAGGAAUUAUUGGAGGUCUUGAAAUGUUUCAUCAAACAAUUGAUCAAGCUCAACCAGGUGAUCAAUUAGGUAUUUUAUUGAAAAAUGUACGAAAAGAAGAUAUACGCAGAGGUGUAUUUGUUGGUAAACCUGGUACAUUAAAAAUGCAUAAUAAAUUUGAUUGUCAAACUUAUUUCUUAUCGAAAGAAGAAGGUGGCCGAGAAGAACCAAUUCCAAAAGAAUUUGUCUUAACUAUGUAUUGUCGAACAUAUGAUAUUGGUGUUAAAGGUGUUGUACCUGAAGGUCGAGAAAUGAUUAUGCCAGGUGAAGAUGCAACAAUGACAUUAUAUACAAGCAAACGAAUGGUUGUUGAAAAAGGUGCUCGAUUUACAUUACGUGAUGCGGAUAAUAAAACAGUUGGAACAGGUGUAGUAACUAAUUUACAUCCAGAUCCAGCACCAGAAGAAUUGAAAAAAUUCUGGAAACGUGCAGCAUAA